AGAGCCUCGAAAAAUCAUCCUGCACAAGGGCUCCACAGGACUUGGUUUCAACAUUGUGGGCGGCGAAGAUGGGGAAGGCAUUUUCGUGUCUUUCAUCCUAGCAGGCGGCCCUGCUGAUCUCAGCGGAGAACUGCAGAGAGGGGAUCAAAUCUUAUCUGUGAAUGGUAUUGAUCUUCGAGGUGCUACCCACGAGCAGGCUGCAGCUGCACUAAAAGGAGCAGGGCAGACGGUAACAAUCAUAGCACAAUACCAGCCGGAGGAUUUUCACUCUCAGUUCAUGGUCUGUUGUGGCAAUGACAGCAGAAGAGGGCUACUUGACCUCGAGGUUAAAGCAUAAGAUUGACAACCAGGCAUCGUGGGUUCUUCUUAACUCUACCAUAUACAUUUGCAUUGCUUAUCAACUUUUCUUUAUCUUUUUCUUUUAAUUUAUUUUUCUCUAGGUUCUUCUACUAUUAUGGUAUUGCAGAUCGCUUUGGUUCUUUAUAUGGUGUUGUGUGUAAAAUGGGGUGUGACGUAGCAAGGCGUAAUGGAGCAUGACGAUGAGAACGUUGUGAAAUGCAAUGUGAGCCCUGUUCAG